CAAUUGUCACUGCGCAUGCGCGGCUCAGGGAGCACGCAGCACGGAAAGAGCCAAAGAUGUCAGCUCGGUCAUGUGAUCAGCUGUGUCCAAUCACAGUUGAUCACAUGGAACAUCUACACUGAUCAUCAGGGCACUGAUGAUCAGUGUGCCCUGAUGAUCAGUGUGGCCCCAGAAGUGCCACCUGUCAGUGCUCAUCAGUGCCAGUGCCCAUCAGUGCCACAUCAAUGCCACAUAUCAGUGCAUACCAGUGCACAUCAAUGCCACAUAUCAGUGCCCAUCUGAGCUGACUUUCAGUGUCACCCAUCAGUGCCAGUCAGUGCCACCUAUCAAUGCCAAUCAGUGCCACCUAUCAGUGUCACCCAUCAGUGCCAGUCAGUGUCGCCUAACAGUG